AUGGCUGAGGCAAUUGCUGGUUUGGAAGGUUGCAAAUGGGCAUCUGAGCUAGGCUUAUCUGAGGUUUGCUUUGAAUCUGACUCCAAAGAGCUGGUUGAGAGCGUGAAAGGAAACAUAAAACGUGGAAGAUGGAAUCUAUACCCACUUAUAUCAAGGAUUCGUGAAUGCAACUCCAUCUUCUCAAACUGCAACUGGGCAUGGACUGGUAGGAAAAACAAUGAAGCGGCAGAUCAUCUUGCGUCGAUGGCACUAUCAAGGUCAAGUCCGGAAGUCUGGGUAUCCAGGCCCCCCACCUCUCUCGUGCAUAUCUUAAAUCGUGACGGUCUUCCCUGCCCUCCUCGAGCCUCCACAUAG